CAUCCAUCUUCCAUACAAUAUUGAAAGCAUAAUCAUGAGGGUAGCUUUCCAUGCUAUGCUUGUUCUGGUGGCUGUAUUGUUCUUUGGAGUUGCAAAGUUCUGUUCUGGUCGGAACACGAGCUUCAGCUGUGUAGAAGGGGAGAGAGAAGGCCUCUUGAAGUUCAAACUUUGUUUCAAUGACUUAUCUGAUAUGUUGUCUUCUUGGAAAGGCAAUGACUGUUGUGAAUGGAGAGGAGUAGGCUGUGACAAAAAUAACGGACAUGUUAUCUCGCUUCAACUCACAAGAUCCAUAUUUGGUCAAUCUCAAUUGUACUUGAUUGAUGAUGUAGAGGAGAUUGUUUCAGGUUUGCUCAAGCUGAGAUACUUGGAACACCUGGACUUGAGCAGCAUUAACAUCAACAACAGCCUUAUUCCGCCCUCCUUUGGUUUAAUGAAGCAGCUAAUGUACCUAAAUCUCUCUUUUGUGAACUUCAAAGGUAGAAUUCCUAGUGAACUCGGAAAUCUUACGAGGCUUCGUGUACUUGAUCUUUCCAAAAAAAUUUUUGGGACAUUGAAGGUUGAUGAUAUUUCGUGGAUUUCUCAUCUCUCCUCUUUGCAACAACUUGAUAUGAGUGGAGUAAAUCUAAGUCACACCUCAUCAAACUUGUUCCAGGUACUUGGCAUGCUUUCUUCAUUAUCAUGGUUGAGUCUGUCAGAUUGUUGUCUAAAAAAUUCUCACCUACCAUCUCGCAACCAUCCCCUUAAUUUUACAUUUCUUGAAAAUAUUCAGCACUUUGAUAUUUCAUGGAACUUUUUUCAUGGUCCAAUACCUAUUUUUCUCCAAAACAUGACUUCAUUGACAUUUCUUGAUAUGAGUACAGCAAAUCUAAGCCUUGCUUCAUCAAACUUGUUUCAAGUAUUUAGCAUGCUUCCUUCACUAUCAUGGUUAAGUUUAUCAAUCUGUAGUCUCAAAUAUUGUCACUUGCCAUCUCGCAACCAUCCUCUUAAUUUUACAUUGCUUGGCAAUAUUCAGCACUUAGAUCUUUCAUAUAACUUUUUCCAAGGUCCAAUACCUAUAUGUCUCCAAAACAUGACUUCAUUGACAUUUCUUGAUAUGAGUACAGCAAAUCUAAGCCUUGCUUCAUCAAACUUGUUUCAAGUAUUUAGCAUGCUUCCUUCACUAUCAUGGUUAAGUUUAUCAAGCUGUAGUCUCAAAAAUUGUCACUUGCCAUCUCGCAACCAUCCUCUUAAUUUUACAUUGCUUGGCAAUAUUCAGUACUUAGAUCUUUCAUAUAACUUUUUCCAAGGUCCAAUACCUAUAUGUCUCCAAAACAUGACUUCCUUGAUAUUUCUUUCUCUUUAUGCCAAUCAAUUGAGUGGAAGUAUUCCAGAUAGCAUCGGGCAACUUUCUAAGUUAGAGAGCAUAUAUCUUUAUGGCAAUCAAUUGAGUGGGAAUAGCAUCGGGCAACUUUCUAAGUUAGAGAGCCUAGAUCUUUCUGACAAUCAAUUGAGUGGGAGUAUUCCAGAUAGUAUCGGGCAACUUUCUGAAUUACAGUUCAUAGAUCUUUCUAGCAAUCAACUUGGAACAAGAUUUCCUAAAUGGCCUCUAUUGCAAAAGAAAACAGUCAUGGUUGAUCUCUCUAAUGCUAGCAUCUUAGGUCCUUUUCCAGAAAACAUUAGUCAUAUGAUGCCAAUGUUGACGGGAUUAUAUCUUGCAAAUAACCUCAUGAACGGUUCAAUUCCAAAGUCGCUAUGCAAUUCAAAAUCUUUGGAAUUUCUUGAUCUCUCAAACAAUAUGUUUUCUGGAAGUAUUCCUAAUUGUUGGAGAAAUGAUCAAUUAUUCAAAUUUAUUGAUCUAUCUUCUAACAAUCUCUCGGGUUUAUUUCCCAGUACAAUAGGGCUGCUUUCUGUUUUAUAUGUACUGCAUUUAAACAACAAUAGUCUCCAUGGUGAAUUACAUAUGGACUUGAAAAACUUUAGUUCUUUAGUGGUUUUGGAUUUGGGUGAAAAUAAAUUUUCUGGAAAUUUAACAAGCAUUGUAAGGGGUGAGAUUGGCAACCACUCUUUAAAAGUUCUUCGACUACGCAAAAAUUUGGUUUCUAGUUAUAUUCCUUUGGAAUUGUGCUAUCUCUCUCAAUUGCAAAUUCUAGAUCUUGCAGAUAACAAUUUGACAGGAAGGAUUCCUCCUUGUUUUGGAAAGUUUCCAGUUAUGGUGAAUGCAACAAAAUUGAUCAAUAGCAUGAUUUACAAGUAUUGGUCUUGGGCGCAUUUAAUGGAGGUUGUGAAAGGAAGAUACCUUGUGUAUAAAAGAAAAACCCUUGGACUCCAGAGCAGUAUAGAUCUUUCAAGUAACAAUCUAGUAGGAUCCAUACCAGACGAACUAAUUUUUCUUAAGGAUUUGCACAAUUUGAAUUUGUCUUGGAAUCAUCUCUCAGGAAAGAUCCCUGAGAAAAUUGGACAAAUGGAGAAUUUGGAAUCUCUCGAUUUCUCCAAAAAUGUCCUCUCAGGAACAAUACCGAAGAGUAUGUCAAGUUUAACCAAGUUAAGCCACCUCAACUUGUCCUACAAUAACUUGUCAGGGCCAAUUCCAACAGGCUAUCAGCUCCAAACACUCGAAGAUCCAACCAUUUAUGCCGGUAAUCCUCAACUUUGUGGAGCUCCACUCUUGAAGAAAUGUUCAAAUGAUGGGCUACCUUCGCCAAUUGACAACUUCAAGGACAAUGAUGAAGGUGCACUUAAAAGAAUGUGGUUUUACAUCGUCGUGAUGUUAGGCUUUGCAACUGGAUUUUGGGGAGUCAUGGGAUCUUUGAUUUUUGUAAAAACUUGGAGAUAUGCUUAUUUUCGAUGGGUGGAUGAUGUCAAGCAUUGGAUCCUUGUGGUUAUAACAUUGAAGGUGGCCAAAUUUAAGAAGAUGUUCAAUGGCAACCUAGAUGAUCAAUGAGUAAUAUAUGAAGUAUGUUGUUGUUGCUACAUUUAUUAAUAAACUAGUUCCACAACCCUACGUUGUAGGGUGGGGUGUCAAGUCCAAUUUUGAUUGGCCAAAUAUUGCAUUGGCCAAUUUUAAAUGAACACAUAAGUAUUAGGGUUUGUAAUGUUUCAAUAAUAUAACAGAGACUAUAGU